UCGGUCACGUGACCACCGACGUCGACUUGUUCCCCUGGUCCCUCAGUAGUCAUGGCGGUGUCCGGGAGUCUCCGGGAUGGAGUAAUCACCACCACCACCGCCGCCGCAGCAGCAGCCUCUUGAGUCUUCAUUGCCACCUUCAUGCGGGACUGUAUCCUCCAUCGGCCGAGAUAUCACGAACACCCCGCAGGCUGCUCAAGCUUCCUGCUAUGGCCGAUCGAGGCGUCGAGUUGUCGGCUCUGCCAAAAGAGGUCAGGGACCAGCUGGCGGAGUUGGACCUGGAGCUGUCCGAAGGUGACAUCACACAGAAGGGCUAUGAGAAGAAAAGGACCAAACUCCUGGCACCGUACAUCAUCCACACCCCAGUCGAACCACCCCCGAAGAACAAUGUGCAGCCACCCGCUCCCAGUUCUUCUUCCAGCCACGGUCCUCCCCCUUCUAGUUCAUCCCGCUACCGUGAACGACGCUCCCGAAAGACGCAUCGCAAUGGCGGAACCAGGGAUGACCGUUACAGAUCAGAUAUUCACUCUGAAGCAGUACAAGCUGCUCUGGCAAAACAUAAAGAAGAAAAGAUGGCACUGCCCAUGCCUACAAAACGACGUUCAACUUAUGUGCCGUCCCCCAUCGAAACACGAACGCCACCAGACUCCUCAUCGGCCUCUGAGGAUGAGACGUCGGUGCGCAGGCAGUCGUCGGUGGUCGUCCCCAUCCCUUUGCUCAAUCCCAACCAACAGAGCCCCGAUUGUUGGAUCAACCGCUCAGCCCAGGGCUCGUCCACAUCCUCAUCGGCUUCCUCCACCUUGUCCCACGGAGAGGCCAAGCCGCAGCCUCACAACCAGCCUCAGCCUCAGUACAAGCCUCAGUACCAACCUCUGUACAAGCCUCAGUAUCAGCCGCAGCCCCAGCACGAACCGCCACCGCCGCACACGGCCGCCGCCAUCACCGACAUGAUGGCUCACAGUCGCAUUGCCCACCACGAGAACAGCGUCCCACCUCCCGAUGUGACGGCAGUCGCCCUUCCAGCCAGAGGCCCGCGGGUCGACUUGCCCUCCAACACGACGGCCCGUGGAAUGAGUCGAGGGCAGAGUCGCUCCAGCAUGAUGGAGACUGCAGACGGAGUUCCGGUGAACAGCAGAGUGUCCACAAAGAUCCAGCAACUUCUCAACACGCUGAAGAGACCAAAGAGGCCACCACUCAGUGAGUUCUUCACCGAUGACUCUGAGGAGAUAGUAGAAGUGCCCCAGCCGGAUCCCAACACACCCAAACCAGAAGGGCGUCAGAUCAUCCCGGUGAAAGGCGAGCCCCUAGGGGUGGUCAGUAAUUGGCCGCCUGCCCUGCAAGCCGCGUUGGCCCGAUGGGGGGCGACGCAGGGGAAAAGCCCCGCCCUCACAGCUCUCGACAUCACGGGCAAACCGCUCUACACGCUGACUUACGGGAAACUUUGGAGUCGCAGUGUGAAACUUGCCUACACGCUCCUAAAUAAAUUGGGCAACAAAAACGAGCAGAUACUUAAACCCGGCGACAGGGUGGCACUCGUGUACCCCAACAGUGACCCAGGGAUGUUCUGGGUGGCCUUCUAUGGCUGCCUCCUCGCUGAGGUCAUACCUGUACCGAUAGAGGUGCCACUCUCUCGCAAGGAUGCGGGCAUCAGCCAAGUGGGCUUUCUUCUCGGCAGCUGUGGUGUGGGCCUUGCGCUGACCAGCGAGAUAUGUCUGAAGGGUCUUCCCAAGACCCCCACUGGAGAAAUAAUGCAGUUCAAAGGCUGGCCUCGAAUGAAGUGGGUUAUUACGGACUCAAAGUACCUGACCAAGCCUUCGAAAGAUUGGCAGCCUCACAUUCCGACGGCCAACACAGACCCCGCCUACAUUGAGUACAAGGCCAAUAAAGAAGGCACGGUGGUCGGCGUGGCGGUGUCUAAGGUUGCCAUGCUAACCCACUGCCAGGCGCUGACACAGGCCUGCAACUACUGCGAGGGUGAAACGCUAGUGAAUGUUUUAGACUGUAAGAAGGACAUGGGUCUCUGGCAUGGGGUGCUCACGGCUGUGAUGAACAGGAUCCACACCAUAAGUGUUCCCUAUGCAGUGAUGAAGGCGUGUCCGCUCUCCUGGGUACAGCGGGUUCACAUCCACAAAGCCCGAUUAGCUUUGGUGAAAUGUCGGGACUUGCACUGGGCCAUGAUGGCCCACCGGGAGCAGAGAGACAUCAGCCUGGUAUCGUUACGUAUGCUGAUCGUCGCCGAUGGCGCCAAUCCUUGGUCGGUUUCUUCCUGUGAUGCCUUCCUGAACGUUUUCCAAUCCCACGGGCUGAAGCCAGAAGUCAUCUGUCCUUGCGCCACAUCCCCUGAGGCCAUGACAGUAGCAAUACGCAGACCUGGAUUACCGGGUGCACCCCUUCCUGCCCGUGCCGUGCUUUCCCUGGGCGGCCUGAGCCAUGGCGUCAUCAGGGUCAACACGGAGGACAAAAAUUCUGCCCUCACCGUGCAAGACGUGGGGCACGUCAUGCCAGGAGCUCUGAUGUGCAUAGUCAAACCAGACGGACCUCCUCAGUUGUGUAAAACAGAUGAGAUUGGUGAGAUCAUAAUUAACUCCCGGGCUGGUGGCACCAUGUACUACGGCCUGCCAGGGGUCACCAAAAACACUUUUGAGGUGAUCCCGGUCAAUGCUAAUGGAGUUCCCAUCGGAGAGAUUCCAUUCGUGCGCUCAGGACUCUUGGGCUUUGUUGGGCCAGGCAGUCUGAUUUUUGUCGUGGGCAAAAUCGAGGGUCUCCUCCAAGUGAGCGGACGCCGACACAAUGCCGAUGACUUAGUGGCGACUGCACUCGCCGUGGAGCCGGUCAAGACUGUGUAUCGUGGGAGGAUCGCUGUGUUUUCAGUCACCGUGUUCUAUGACGAGAGAGUUGUGAUUGUGGCUGAGCAGAGGCCAGACGCCAGCGAAGAGGACAGCUUCCAAUGGAUGAGCCGAGUCCUUCAGGCAAUUGACAGUAUCCACCAGGUGGGCCUCUACUGCCUGGCUCUGGUCCCAGCCAACACUUUACCCAAAACACCUCUGGGGGGCAUCCACAUCUCCGAUACCAAGCAGUUCUUCUUAGAGGGCAACCUGCACCCUUGCAAUAUCCUCAUGUGUCCGCAUACUUGUGUCACCAACCUGCCUAAACCCCGUCAGAAGCAGCCUGUUGGUGUUGGUCCCGCAUCUGUGAUGGUGGGCAAUCUAGUGGCAGGGAAGAGGAUUGCUCAGGCGGCAGGCCGAGAGCUCGGUAUGAUCGACGACCAGGAUCUCGUCCGCAAGCAUCAAUACUUGACAGAGGCUCUACAGUGGAGGGCGCAGACGGAUGCAGAUCAUGUUCUCUAUGUUCUUCUUAACGCUAAGGGUGUGGCCGUGAGCACGGCGACCUGCGUUCAACUUCACAAGCGAGCUGAGAAGAUUGCCGCCGCACUCAUGGAGAAAGGCAGCAUCAACACUGGAGAGAACGUGGUGCUUCUUUAUCCUCCUGGUAUUGAUUUGAUCGCGUCAUUUUACGGGUGCCUAUACGCCGGCUGUGUCCCGGUAAACGUCAGGCCUCCUCACCCUCAGAACCUGGGAGCCACACUGCCUACUGUCCGUAUGAUCAUUGAUGUCAGUAAAGCGGCAUGUAUCCUCACCACUCAAAAUCUCAUGCGAAUACUGCGCUCCAAGGAGGCUGCUGCAUCUGUAAACAUUAAAACGUGGCCAACAAUCAUCGACACUGACGACCUUCCUCGCCGUCGACCUCCUCAAAUCUAUAAACCCCCCACAGCGGAGAUGAUAGCGUAUCUGGACUUCAGCGUUUCCACGACAGGCAUGCUCACUGGGGUCAAGAUCUCGCAUGCGGCCGUGAGUGCGCUGUGCCGCUCUAUCAAGCUGCAGUGUGAGCUUUACUCUUCUCGCCAAAUCGCCAUCUGCCUGGAUCCUUACUGCGGUCUGGGCUUUGUCUUGUGGUGCCUCGCUAGUGUUUACUCAGGUCACCAAUCCAUCCUCAUACCUCCUUUUGAGUUGGAGAGCUGUUUGUCUCUGUGGCUAAGCAGCCUCAGUCAGUACCGCGUCAGAGAUACCUUCUGCUCUUACUCCGUCAUGGAGUUUUGUACUAAAGGCCUGGGCACGCAAACAGAGUUGCUCAAGGCCCGUGGGGUCAACCUGUCAUGCGUGCGCAGUUGUGUAGUGAUUGCAGAGGAGCGCCCUCGCCUGGCCCUCACGCAUUCCUUCUCCAAGUUGUUUAAAGAUCUAGGGUUGUCAACCAGAGCUGUCAGCACUGCUUUUGGCUCCAGAGUUAACCUGGCUGUCUGCUUGCAGGGUACCACUGGCCCUGAUCCCUGCACAGUCUAUGUGGACAUGAAGUCCCUCCGCCAUGACAGAGUGAGGCUAGUGGAGAGAGGAGCACCUCAAAGUCUUCCCUUGAUGGAAUCUGGCAAGAUAUUGCCAGGCGUCCGAGUCAUAAUCGUAAAUCCAGAGACGAGAGGACCGCUUGGAGACUCUCAUCUGGGAGAAAUCUGGGUGAAUAGCCCUCACAAUGCCAGCGGCUACUACACCAUCUAUGGAGAGGAGAGUCUACAGGCUGACCACUUUAACACCAAGCUCAGCUUUGGUGACCCACAAACCUUAUGGGCCAGAACUGGCUACUUGGGCUUUGUUAAGAGGACGGAGCUUUUGGAUGCCAGUGGGGAUCGUCACGAUGCUCUUUUUGUGGUGGGCUCACUGGACGAGACCUUGGAGCUUCGAGGGCUUCGCUACCACCCCAUUGACAUUGAGACGUCGGUGUCUCGUGCCCAUCGCAGUAUCGCUGAGAGUGCUGUGUUUACAUGGACCAACCUUCUUGUGGUGGUGUCGGAGCUGUGCGGCUCAGAGCAAGACGCGCUGGACCUGGUGCCUCUGAUAACAAACGUGGUCUUGGAGGAACAUCACCUCAUUGUGGGCGUGGUUGUCAUUGUGGACCCCGGGGUCAUACCCAUUAACUCCAGAGGGGAGAAGCAACGCAUGCACCUUCGUGACUCCUUCCUGGCAGACCAGCUGGAUCCCAUCUACGUUGCUUACAAUAUGUGAGGGCCCGGUUGCCGUGUACUGUCACAGAACCCGUACUGCAUGUCUGUGACCGGACCUGUCAUGUUUGAUUUUCACUGUGUUUUAUUGAUAGAUUUGUGCAAAUCAUUCCGGAGCAGCAAUACCAAGCUGCCGGAAAGUCUUUGAUUACAAAAGUCUGCGUUGACUUACACGUUUGGUUUGGCCGACGACAUAAGACCACUUUUGAAAUUCCUUAUUAUUGCCUUUAAAAAAACAAAAAAAAAAGAUUCCAACAAACCUCUUGAAACACGUUCCUCCUAGUGGUGACACUGAUUCAAAGCGCUACUUACUCAACUUGAAAUCUUUUUUACAUGCAGCUUUCAAACAAAUGCACACACAUGCAUGUGCUGAGCCGGCGUCGUUUCCCCUCAAUUUUUUGUUUUAUGCGUGCGCGCGCGUAUGUAUGUGUGAAACUAAUGAGCCGCUUGGCUUUUUGUUAUUUAAAAGUCCUAAGAUAUUGAAGCCAAAUGUUUUCACAGCUUUCCUGCCCUGAUUUACUCGAUUUCCUGCCUUAUAGACUUACAGCCAUACAUUCCUCUUAUUGAUUUUAAUAAAUCUAUUUUUAACGGCUGUUUAUCCUCUUUUGGCUUUUAUUGGCAAUCCCAACAGACAGCCAAAGGAUUCAAAUAAGAGACUGCACUUCAAAGCCUCUUUGUAUUUUCGAUACUAUUACUGUAAAGCUAUUUUUAAGUGGAUAAAUGUAUAAAAUUGUACACUCAUCAGCUAACGAAUCCUCGAUGGUUGGCUUGGUAGCAGAAAGAAGACUGUAAAUAACAAAGGAACCAAUGAUGGUCCUUGCAAUAUUAGUCGUGUGACAGAGGGUAAAAAAAAAAAAUACUUGUAAAUCAUCAAUAGACAUGAUACAUGUAAUGUUGCACUUUCUUCAAAAGCAUCUAUUUUAUUACAACAAUAAGGCAUUCUAAGUAACAUUUCAGGAACAUUAUCUGGCAUGAGGGCCUCAUGAGUUUACCAGUAGGACUGUUGCUGUUUAAGGCCAAUAAAAGAAAAAAAAGAAAAAAAAAAAAGAAAACGGGCAGCCCUAAAAACGCGCCUUUCUACCUUCCCGGCACUGAAAGCGCUUUACACCGUCGCCUCGUUCAGCCAAUCACACACACUGACGAUGAGCGAGGUCACAAACUAACUAGCAAUUUGAGCUUGUACAUGUAAUGACGACAAUGAGAGAAACAAUCGAAUGACUGUUUUUAGGCUGCCAGGUCAUUUUGUUAUUUUCAAAUUUAGUGCACCAAAUUCAUGAUAUGUGUUUUAUCGGUGUAGUCUAGGAUGACAUCGGUUAUCCUCCACUUUAAGGUCAUUUGAAUGUGUUGUGUUUAUGGAGCUUUGUAAAGGUUUAUUUGCAGUUUUGUUUGUCGUUGGGGUGGUCUGCAGCAAGUCAUGUAUUUAAUAUCUGGAUCUGCACGCGCUGGUGGCAAAACUGGACUAAAAUCCAUUUAACUCAUGGAGGGGGGGGGGGCAUUUGCAAAUAACCUGCAAUUGUGUGCUUUUCUCGUGCUCUUUGCUAUCAUUUGUAACGACUUCAUACUGAACAGUAGUAUCUCGGUGAGAAACUUUUACUUUCCACGUGUAGAUAAUGUUUUUAGCUUUUAGACGUUGUCGCAUUACAACCUGACUAACACUAUGUUGCAAGAUGUACUCUUGGAAAAUGCAGCGCUUUUGCACUGUCGUUACAUUCUGUACUGUAAGUCAUCUCAAGAUGUGUUUUAUCCCCUUUUCAAGUCCACAUGGAAAAAAUACACUCCACAAUUCAUUCUUUGCUUUAAUAACGUGUCCUACUUUUGCAGCGGAAUGUUUGCACGGGACUAACAAAAUAAUGAGCUGUGUCUCAUUUUGAGGCAGAGGUUGGAACAAUAUAUAUAAAUAUAUAUAAAUAGUAUUGCUUUAUAGACAUGUAUAUAUUCAGGGAACCAAACUCAGUUAACACAGGGAUGGACCAGGCGGUGUCGUGGUGCAAAUCAUCAAAUAUAUUUCAAAUAAACCUAAUGAACAAAGAGGAGCAGAUACUGUCUGUGUACAUUCGACCUGCAUUGCUAAGAAAUCUCCAUCUUAUUUUGGCUUCCUGCUCUUUGUCUGUUCUAACACACUAUGCAAACCUUAUGACAGUGCGGUUUUGUUCAAGCUUGCACAGUCCGCUCAACAAUAAUUAUACAUUUUAAUUACUAUGAAGUCACUGAUCAUGUUUGAAAAGUACAUGAGGCGAUAUUAAUCUCUCUUGAGUUGUUCUGUUGGUAUUGUGUAUGCAACCUCAGCAUGUUGUGUAAAUAUUAAGUAUUGAUUCAUUCGUCCAUGAAAAUGUGAUUACGCGAAAAGGAGGCAGUUUAACUCCAUGAAAUCCAGGUGGUACACCCCUUGUUUGUUCUCAUUUAUUUUAUAAUUUGCUCAGUUGUAUUUUGUUUUAUACUGUAAAAGUAAUACAGAACAGAAAUAAAAAAAAAAAGAAUCAUCUCUGA